AUGAACGAUAAUUUGAGGAUAAACCAGCUCUUUGCCGUUAAGGAUCAUUGGGUCGCAAUCACAGGAGCAGCUAGUGGAAUUGGUCAUAUGCUCGCACGAGGUUGUACAAUCAAUGGCGCCAACACCAUUCUCAUAGAUGUCAAUAAAAAUGCUUUGGAACAAGUGAAAACCGAGCUACAAGGGCUCGCCCCAACAUUUGGCUGGGUUUCUUUAAAAGUUCAAACAAUCCAUGGGGAUCUUUCAAGUGAAGAAGGGGUCAAAAAAGUAGUUGAGACUAUCAAAUCCUCCCAUGGUUAUCUCGAUUGCUUGAUUCAUUGCGCUGGAAUACGCUUCAUGAACAAUAUUACCUAUACCCCUGGAGAUGGGCUCAGCAAGCUCGAAGCCGCCACUCUUUCUGCGCCAUAUCAAGGAUGGGAGAUAGUCUUCCGCGUCAACGUCCUUGCCCCAUACUACUUGACAGCUGGUUUGGUAACCCUUCUGGGAGCAGCUGCUGUGAAAGGCGAUGGGAGGGGUAGUGUUAUUAUGUUUAGCAGUCCGGCCAGUGUUCAUAAUCAUCAAUUUGUUCCUAUUUAUCAGACAUCCAAGGCCGCGGUAGACCACCUUGUGAGAAUAAUGGCGGCAGAGUUUGCAGAUUUCUACAUCCGUGUCAAUGCUAUUUCGCCUGGAAUUGUUCCAUCUGGGAUGACGCCAGAUGAUGGAACAUCUAAUCUUCGACUUGCGGAAGAAGCCCCCGCUAGGCGAGCUGGCAAUGAGGAGGAUAUGGUGGGAACUGCACUCUGGUUGAUGAGUAAAGCCGGUUCCUUUAUGGAUGGGAAAGUCAUACGUGCAGAAGGUGGUCGAUUACUGGUUCUCAAGGGUGUGACCUCUAAUUCCGACUAG